AUGAGAAUGGUAAAGGCACUUGUUCAAGCUUGCUUGAGGUUGCUGUGGAUUCUCACCUUGGCAGAGUGUAAGAUCCCAGGUAAGGAUAAGAUCUCUCUCGACUCUUUGAAAGGUAGUAGUGCAUGAAUUAUCAGGAUAGGGUCAAGGGUCAAGGCAGGGCAUGGGAUGUCUUUAAUGUGACUAUGCUGACCCACUGAGUGAGGAAACAAAUAAUUUGACUACUGUAUGCCUUUGAAAACUUACAUCUCAUCUAAUCUUAAGAUACAUCUCUUUUUAUUUGUUCAUGGAACGGGUGCCUUUUGCAUUUUGUGUCCCUUUCACUGCACAAGACAUCGUAUUUCCUCUUGGAAAAACUAGACAGGCGUCUGAAAAAUAACUAACUGUUUUAACAUGUGGUUGGACUGUCUCCUUGCCAUCCUAAAGGAGAAGGGUUUUCAACAAGACAAAUCCAGUGUAACGCAAUGGUUUAGAGAUGAUGGUUUGGCCAGGAGUUUUGUGAAUAUAAACAACCAUUCCUAUACAACAUAAGUUACAUAUUGUCACUGUAGUGUCCCUGUAACUUGCCUUUGAAGUCUCUGAGGAUUUAUGAGGUGAAAACAUCCUUCAAGUCAAUGCUGAGCCUCCCUUGCUGUGCAUGUGGAAAUAUGUGGUCCAGAUGUGUUCUCUCUGAGGAAUCCAGUGGCCCACGGCGUCUGUGAUGGCUGGCCCUCAACACGGCUCUGUUCGUUCUGACUGGAAGACUACAGAGACCGGAUCCUACUGUCCUGUCCAGUGUUUAGACUGGCCAGACCUCACUGGGACCCAGGUCAACUGUCUCUCCUGCACAGGAGGCUGCUGAGGGGAGAACGGCUUAUAAUAAUGGCCGGAACGAAGCAAAUGAAAUGGCAACAAACACCUGGAAACCAUGUGUUUGAUGUAUUUGUUACCAUUCCACUAAUUCCGCUCCAGUCAUUGCCACAAGCCCAUUCCUCCCAAUUAAGGUGCCACCAACCUCCUGUGCUCUCCUGGUUGGGCACUGAGGAGAGGCUCACAGUCUCACUGGGACGUCUCUGACUUUUCACACGUUUGCACACAUGCUAAUUCUAUAUUGUCAUGCACCAGGGCCGUGCAGACCUUAAAAAUAUAUAUAUUUAAAAACCCAAAUACCUUAUAUUCUUAAUUCUCUACUAGCCUAGGCUACUGCUCACAGAGAGGGCAAAUAUAUGGGCUAUCGGCUGAUCAUAGUGAAUGUAUGCAAAGGCAGCCUCCCGAGUGGCGCAGUGGUCUAAGACACUGCAUCGCAGUGCUAGCUGUGCCACUAGAGAUCCUGGUUCGAAACCAGGCUCUGGCAAGCAGCAGCAUCAUCCAGGGUAGGGGAGGGAAUGGCCGGCAGGGAUGUAGCUCAGUUGGUAGACCAUGGUGUUUGCAAUGCCAGGGUUGUGGGUUCGAUUCCCACGGGGGGUAUGACAAAUAAUGUAGGCACUAACUGUAAGUCGCUCUGGAUAAGAGUGUCUGCUAAAUGACUAAAAUGUAGUUGAUGUAAACCAGAUAACUAGUUAGCUAGCUAACUGUUUGAUAUGCUGUUGUAACAAUUGAACUACUCUUUACCUGGGAUUGGAGUUUGUUCUGCUGCUAACAUCUGCUCUGACCGUGAGAGACGACAUACAACUCAAAAAGUAGCCAGUGUGCCACUACUCACACUACCGCCUGUAGCUUCUGCUCGGGCGGGGAUGGGGAAUUUCCCAAAAAUAUUUAAUUAGCUAGUUUGAUUGGCAAGUCUUUACAGAACAGGAGAGAAAAUAGACUUAAAGUACAAUCAAAAUGUAGUAAUAAAAAAAUGCUACCAAUCUGAAAAGGCCCUUUUCUCAUAGGAGGGUAAAAGUGCAGGUGCUUAGGUACCCCUAGAGCCCUAUCUCUGCACGUGCCUGUCCUGCACUAUAUUUGACUCUGAGUUGGUGCCCUGUCUAUGACGGACUUCACUGACGCUAUCAUUGUUAUUUGACAGUAAAAAGCCCAUACAUUCCCCUGUGAACAUGGAUGUCAAUUUACCCAUUCACAGUGCAACAUAUUGUUGUGUAACCACAUUUUGUGCACAACAAAUGACUGAAAAAGCCACAUGUUGAGAAUAGGCUGUGUGAUUACCAGUUUCAAGGGUAUUAUCUAAUACUUAUCCAGUCAAACCCUGCAUUUAACUCAACAAUUGUAAUGUGUGGCCUAUCAUGUUUGGCUUUAGGAAUGCCACCAUAACCAUAUGGUGCUGGACCUCACUCUGGAGUGUGUGGGGGUUAAAAUGGUGGGGUUGGGUAAGACAAAAUGUAGGAAAUGCGUCAGAAUCGUGGACAAACGUAACCUAUAGCAAGAUGGAAAGAAGGGGAGAAAGGUUCACUGACGUGUCCAAUGCAGGACACGUCAUAUGAGUUAUAUUGACAUGGAAAGAACGUACUUCACGUUCUUUCUAAAGUGUGUAGGUUGAAAGAGACUGAGAAAAAUAUAGGAAUGGAGAGCAUAUUCUUUCAUUCCUCCUUAAAAGGUGACAUUUCCCCACACCGUCAUCUCUCUACUUCUACCCUAGAUGCCCACGUGACAUGCCUGUUCUCUGAAGACUGUGUGCUGCCCUGCAAUUUCAAACCCAGUGGGAAUGAGAUCAUCCGCUGGUACCUCCAGGAAGGGCUCCUCCUCAGCCAACCCCAGCAGGGUGGAGACCAGCCGGACCAGCCUCCCCAGGACCACCGUACCAGGACGUACCUGCUCCAGGACCAGCUCUCCCGGGGCAAUGCCUCGCUCCACCUCAGCCAUUGUGGCAUCAAGGACCGGGGCCGCUACAGGUGUCUGGUCAACAGCACUCUGGGACAACAGGAGUCCUUUGUCAUCAUGAAAGUGGAGGGUUAGUAGUCUGGCUGGAGCUAGUAUCGAGGCUAGUGUAUGUUGCUGAGUAUCCACUUCACAUAUCAAAUGCCUUUACCGUAGCUCGUGGUGAAAUGCCCUUUGUGUCACGAAGGUUAAAAGACGUGAAUCAACCAGCUGAAUCUGUAUUUUAGCUGUUAGACCUAGAGCCAAAUGGCUAAACUGAUAUCAAGCCAAGAGUAGAGUAUUUGCUCUUGUUAUGGUUUUGUGACCUUGCUGUACAAUAGAUGUUUGAAGGGUUUUUGCUCUCAGAUUCGGUUUGUAGUGAAACCACUCAAGGUUGUUACUCUCUAAUCCUGGCUAUCUAUUAUUGUUAUUUCAGCUAGCAUCAAGAUGGUUACUAUGGAGAAGAGUACGAACAGAGAGAUUCAGUGCCUGUCCAAGGACAUCUUCCCCGCUCCCCGUGUGCAGUGGUCCACUCUGCCCCCGAAAGUCAACCUGAGACCCAUCACGCAUAUGAGAUCCAACACUGAGGGCCUCUACUCCGUUCAGAGCACGCUGAGAAUGUUUGAAAAUACCCUCACCUACAUCUGCACCGUUAACUCAACAUAUGGAUCACAGUCAUGGAGGAGCUCAAUGCAAGAAAGAGGUACGUCAUAACCAGCAUUGACUCUCUCUCUCUCAUUUUGCAGAUGCAUAGCCUAUAGUUGAGUACUUCUCAUAAAAACAGUAACAAACCACUGUGAGUGACUGUUAUGAUGACUAAGUGCAGAGCCAGAGACAAACCCACACAGAGAAAUUGACUCAUUUAUAUGUGGGAGCUCUCAACACCCAGUCAGAUUUUUUUGAUUUAAUUCAGUGUCACGCACUGCCCUCUAGAGUUUAAGAGAGUGACUACAGCAGUAAGGCCCCAAAAGGACAGUGAUAUUUAGACAUAUUCAUGGUUCACGGUCCAUAAAAGUAUUUAAUCAACAGCGUUGAUUGGAGAAGCGGGGCAAGAACUGUCCAUACCCUGCAUCGAUCGACAGAACCUCCAGAACUUCUCCCUCACCUGGACCUUCAGCAGAACCAAUGAACCCACAGUCAUCCUCAGCUACAACAGCAGAACCAGACGGAUCUCCAACCUCUGGGAGGGCCGGGCUGGACUGAAGCCGGACCAGGUUUUGAUGGGAGACGGAUCCCUCCUUCUUCACAACCCAGAGAGUCAGGAACACACAGGAACCUACACCUGUACAUUCACAGGCUUCCAGAGGAGACACAUGGUCCAAACCCAGGUCAACAUCAGGUCAAGAUCCCAGUUACCAGUGACAGGUACAUAA